AUGAUUGCUUCAGAAAUUUUUGAAAGAGGUGUACAAGAUCCAUUUUGUCAAGAUUGUGAUUAUGAAGAUGAAACAGACGUACAAAGUUUUUUAGGUUCAAAUGAUUUGAAUGAUUUUGUAAAUUCCAAAUUAGCGUCCUUUAGUUUUCAAAAUUCCUCGAAAUCAAAUAAUUCUCACCACAGCAGCAGUACCAAUGCCGGUAAUACAAGCAGACACAUAGGCAAUCAUACUAUUGGCCACCAUUUGAGAAAAAUCAAGACAGCUCCGCAUCACUUGUAUGGCUUCGUCCCAGCAAAUUCAACGAACAAUUCCAAUGAACCAAUUCGCCCUUCUCCAAGAAGAAUAAGAGCAAAUAGUAGCACCCUCAUUCACCAGUUGUCCAGACAAUCCACAAGACAGUCUUCCUUGGGCGACGCGGCGGAUUCCUGUUUUGACCACAAAUGCAUAAAGCCAAGAUCCAGGCAUUCUUCCUGUUACGGUAUACCAACACAUCUAUACGGCCUUGAAAAAUACGUUUCAUCCGAGCUAGACUCUCUAGCAGUAGCUAACGACCAGUCAAAUGAUCUCACUUCCCCAUUAACAUCUGUUUCAACACCCGCCUCGAAUUCCAACUCGUAUUUGAAUCUGAAUUCAAGUUCGGCUGCAUAUCCGUCGUCUUAUCUCUCCAACGAAAAGAAUAAUCGACUAAAAUUGAUUUCCCAUGGGAAAAUAUCAUCAAAUAACGUCCCAGGUCACAGUGGAAACCUUAACCACUAUCACAGAGAACGAACGCCAUCAAAUCUAAGAAGAGAAUCCUUUUCGCUUCUUUCCAAUGGUUCCUCUUCCUCUCCCUUGCAGACUAGAAACAACUCGUAUUCCAACUCUUUGGUGAAAUCUCCUUCCAAUAGUUCAUUGAAUACUAGUGUGGCUUCUUCUAACGAAGAAUCUAGUCCUCACACUUCUAAUUGCCUGGAGGAAAGGAAUCCCAGGAGAAAAUCAUUCAUAAAAUUGUCACUAGCGAGUUCAUUCUCCAAUUGA